CACUUGAGGGUCUAAGAAGCUUGAUGUCCGCUCCGGAGUUUGUUGUUGGAUCAACAGGUGACUGAUUGCGUAACGGUGAUGCGCGUAAUCCAAAAGAGAUAAAGUUUUACCACGCAGGCGCAGGAAACUUCUGACUUAAAAAGAAAAAAAAAAAAAACUUUUGUUUGAGGGUUGUUUUGGUACCAAAAGCUGAACUCUUUCUGGCGUUGAACUCAGCUGGAUAUGGCAGAGGGAGACUUCUACACCAUGGGAAACCGGCAGAGGUUUCCCAGGGAUCCGUUUGGUGAAUCGCCGUUCAGGGAUCAGUCUCCGUUCAGGGAUCAGCUCGCGUCUCGGUUUAUGGAAGACGAGUUUGGGAUGCCGCCUUUCCCCGACGAUCUGGCGAUGGACUGGCCGGGCUGGGCUCGGCCUGGCCGCCUAAGCACGCGCCUCAGCCCCUCGCCUUUCGGCAGCAGUUUACGCUCAGCGGGUUUCGCCCCGCGCCAGUCCACAGGAGGCCCCGCGCUCUACACUAGCAGGUACGGGGAGCCCUCCUCCCGGAGCUCCCCGAUCACCACCGGGGGGGAGCCCUGGAAAGUUUGCGUGAACGUCCACAGCUUCAAACCAGAGGAAUUACACGUCAAAACGAGAGACGGAUUUGUAGAAGUGUCAGGGAAACAUGAAGAGAAGCAGGAAGAAGGAGGCAUAGUGACAAAGAAUUUCACAAAGAAGAUACAGAUCCCGAUAGACGUGGACCCUCUGACGGUCUUUGCCUCUUUGUCCCCUGAGGGAGUCCUCAUCAUCGAAGCUCGGCAGACGCCUCCAUAUUACCUCUUCAGCAACGAGGACUCCCAGGGCGGAGAGAUGCAGGAGGUGGAGGUCCCUAAGCCCCAGGAGGCACCCAUGGUCUAAACCCCAACCUUCUGACUAACAUUACAGAUCACCCUGCACAAUCAGUUACAAGUUUGAUACAAAAUGUGUGGCCUUCAGCUUCUUGUUGUUACAAACCUGGAAUUAAAAUGUGCAAAAUACACCAGGAGAUCAAGGUCCUAGUGUUUAUGUUAAAGCUGCACCAGGCAAGACUUUUAGAUAGAAGUUUCACAAAAAAGAAAAUGGAACCAAUCGAUGUUCGGCAUUUUUUCUUAAGAAAAUGACUUAAACAAUUAAUCAACAGUUGCCAGUUAAUUUUCUGUCUAUUUCAAUUCUAUGUGUAUUUCCCCCCUAUUAUCACAAUGAUUGCCUUUAUUACAAAAUGAUAUAACAUCAAACAGCAUUUCACUCAUGUUAUAUUUCAUGUUUUCUGGGCACUGAAGAUCAAAAUAUUUCAAACAGCUAUGGAGCCCUCAGUGUGUUAGCUUGUCUUGUACAGCUUUAAUAUUAUAUCCAGGUGUAUUCUGAGGUUAUGCAAGAGCUUAGUAACUUACAGGAACAGUAACUUAAUAUACAGUAUGUGAACUCCUAAAGAAUCAAAUUUAUAUUUGUAUUUAUAUUAACAUGAAAUUCAUUUAGUGGAACAAUCUUUGCAUCAAACAUAUUGUAUGUGAUUUCUUUGGUUCAAAAAAAUGACAAAUGUGCCUUAUUUACUUGGGUGCCUUGACUUUAGUUAAUGAAUGUCACUUAAACUGACAAGAAACACAAGUUUUGUAGCUUCAGUAGAGGGUGAAUUGUGUGCAUUAAUACUGUAUUCUACCAAAGUGUAUUGUAAAUAUACUUUAAUAUGUACCAAUUCAUUAUAAAUAUUAAACUGAAGUGUUCCAGGUUUUGCAAUAUGGUUUGAAUUUGUCUUUUCUAUUUGAGCAUUCAGGAAGAUGGCUGCAUGAUUGUUGGAGCGGACAGACUGAGUCAUAUGCCAAAGACGUUUGUUUCCUGCCUUCUUUUCUGUCUAUGUCUUUGUAUUGGCUGAUGCAAUAAAAAUGUCCAGCCAAUCUCUCA